CCAGAUGCCUCAGGUCAUGAGAGUGUCUUAGGACUUCUUGUCCAGCAAACAGGUUCUUAUCCUAAAGAAGAAUUUCAAGCCCCGAUCCCACAUGCUUCCCACCAUCCAUCCAGCAAUUAUGUAAUCAACACAAUUUCCUCUAUAAAUUUUCAAGCUUUUUUCCUUUUUCUAAAAGACCUGGCCAAGCGACAUAAGUUCAACCCAUCCAGGGUCCCAGAUAAACUCUUGAGCAGCAGCUGUUUCCAAACUUCGCAAGUGGCUGCUGCGUGAUGUACUCCUCAGCCCCGGGUCCCCGGCCUCCUCGCAGGAGGGGCCACCACAGCCCCUGCGGGAACUCACUCUGGAGCUCAGCGUCCUGUCCGGGGUCCCGGUGUAAGGCAUCAGCCCAGAAGUUUUCAAGAGAACGAGAUGGGAGCCAUGGGUUCAGGGGAAGAGGGAGCCCAGACAGAUAAGAGCAGCUGAGGAAAGAGAUGACUUCACUCUGGGACUCACCAGGGAAGUGCGCCUAGCACCGGAUUCACAGUAGGUCAUCCCCGACCCAUGCCCCUCUGUCCCCUUCCCCAGCCCACCACCCCAGGAGAGACGGCCAGGUGAGGGCUUCCCAAAAGCUUCAGAGCUUCCCUGAUGUCCAGGAUAUGAGUGAUACUGCAGCAAGGCAGGGGGCAGGAUGAACACUGGGGCCCUAAAACAGGAGGAUCGUCCAGAGAAUGUCAUUGGGAUUGCACUACAGAAAGAGACGGACUGAAGGGGCUGAGCCUACCUGAGCAUUAAAGCCCUGCUUUUGUGGAGAGGUCAUUGUUUCAGCCCCCCAGGGACAGCAUCCAGGAGAAGCCAUUCCCGCGUUUCAGAUGGGGCCCGGGGCAAGUUCGUACAGUUCCAAACUGGCAAAAUGCGAGGCGCUGGACAUACCUCCGCCUCGCUGGGAGUGGGAGCAACACGCAGGAUACGAGGUUUAACUGAAACUACUUAGCGACAAAGAUCUCAUGUGUGUGUUUGCCUGCUUGCUUGAAUUUUUAAUCGAGUUGUUAUUUAUGCUUUUAAAAAAGCAAAACAACCGCAUCUCGGUCUCCGGGCCGGUGGGCUGUGUGCGCCGGGUAGCUGAGAGCUCCAGAGGUCGCCGUUUAGCUCCGGGCUCCUGCCCUCGGUUACUGGAGCCCCAGGGCCCCGGGCUCAAGGCGGCCUUUCGGCGGUCCUGGCUCGGGCGUCCGUCCUGCCAGCGCAGACCAAGGCCGAGGCACGUGGGCAGCG